AUGGUCAGAUACGCGGUCACUUGGCUGAUUACCGGCUACAUCUUCCUCACAUCGCCGUCCACCCAGAUCGGCUCAAAGGAGGAGCCGUUGCCAGCAUCGGUGAUUCUUCUCCUUACGCCCGUCGCCUUCGUCACGUUCUUGACAACCCUGGUCCCAGGAGCACUGUUCUUGGCCGCGCCCGGUCCCUAUCGUGAGGAUCGGCUCCCCGGUUGGGAGCUAGGCUUAUUCUGGAAACGACGAACAUUCAUCAUUUUGUCACUUUCGGAUGUGUUGGGUUGCUUGGCCCUCUUCCCAAGCACUUGCUACAUCCGCUGGUGGUUUGCCAACGGCUGGAAGGGCGAAGACUUGGCAUGGUUAAGCCUUGCCUUUGCUUUGCUUCUAGCAGCUGUUACAUACUGUUGGGCACGAGCGCUCGAGUAUGCGAUGGUUCACGGUCUUGCUUUGCUGAUUGGUAUAACACUACUGCUGCCACCAGCUCCUAUGCUGCGCGCGAUAGUUCAGGACGAGGUGUCGACUUUCACAUUCUUUGGGCGUUCGGAUACUGCUUUGGCAAUCUGCUGCUUGUCACUCAUCCUUGAAGGAAUUCGUUCCUCUUCUGCUUGGGCAGUCAAGGUUCGGGUGCUUAAUUCAAGAUGGCGGCUCCUUAGCUAUGGUACAAUUUCUGUGGUUCUUCAGGGCCUGGCUAGUUUCGUGUCACCUUUUCUUUGCGAGCUCAUUGCAAGAAGACGUGCAAGCACCUUCAUCUCCGACAAUGAGAAAGAGCUCGCGAAUGCCUCCCUGGUUUCUGUAGUGCCCCUCUGCUUGCUCCAAUACGUGGUACAGAUGUUUGCAGCACCUUGCAUUCGCCAAGACCUUGGGGUCGCAUCUUCAAGCUCCCUGUAUCGGGACGCUCCUCGCCGAGCAAGUGCAGACAACAACCGCUGCGGUCUCUGCAGAGCAAUCCGGAUUUUCUCCGCGAAGCACGCCAUGUCCCUGCGUCGAUUGCCUCCAAGGCUUGCUGUGGCUUGUGGCUGUGCACUGGCCAUUGGUGCGUUGGCGGUCGAACUAUUUUUGAUACAUGAGCCCUUACCUUUUGCGCCGGCACGUCGCUGUCUUCAGCAAGGUCUGCCGCACAAGAUGUGCCACUUAAUCAGGGAUGAGACUGACCAACGGCCUGCAGACACUUUUGCUGACUUUGGACAGGGCCACUAUGGAAAGAACAUGUUCGGCCAAAGCACUACUGGAAAGUUCAACUGUCAUCAGCGUAUGAUGCAUCUGAAUGGAAACACGUUUGUGUUUUGGGAAGAAGGCAGGUGUCAAAUUUGGAACUGUGAGCAAGAGUUUCUGGAAGCGUCGCCUGAUGAGCCAUUGGUUGGUGGCGAAAUUUGGUCACGACACUGCAACAUGUCAAGGCAAAAUCACAUAAUCGUGCACCUUUUUGAGUGGCCAUGGCCUGCCAUUGCAGAGGAGUGUGAGACAUACCUAGGACCUGCAGGCUUCACUGCCGUGCAGGUCUCGCCGCCAACUGAACAUGUGCUGGGAGACUCCUGGUCAACACGGUAUCAACCUGUCUCAUUCAAGCUGGACUCGCGGUCGGGCACACCAGCAGAGUUCUCUGACAUGAUAACCAGGUGUCAGAACGCCGGUGUGUCCAUCAUGGUGGAUGCGAUUCUGAAUCAUAUGGCCUCACCGUUGGUUCAAAGCCCGAGAAAAGAUCGUGGGAAGAAGUGCGGCCAGUCACAGGAGACGCCGACAUCAUCAACCGCUCCUUGCGUGGGCUGGUCUGGCACAGGUUACAGCAAUCGGGAGUUUCGACACGGUACGCUUGGCCUGGACUAUUUUGAGAGACAAGACUUUCAUCACUACGAAGGAAACUUCGAGUCCAACUGCGGCCUGCCGCCAUGGACGAACAACCGAUUCUUGUGCGAUCUCUAUGCCCUGGUCGACCUCAACACGGAGAGCGUGGUGGUUCAGCAGCAGCUGCAGAACUACUUGAAGGUGUUGUUUGAAAGGGGCGUGACAAUGCUGCGCUUAGAUGCCGCCAUGCAUGUCUACCCAGAGUCUUUUCUCAAGAUGCUGGCCCCGUUCCCUUUCAGCUACAUAGUGCAAGAGUUUUUUCCUGGCCCGCUGAAGUUUGAACAGGAUACUCUCCGCAAAGCCACCACCGUUGGGUCCCUGACCAACUUCGACUUCGGCCAACAGCUUGCGCAGGUCUUGUUCGACUCUUGGGAGAAUGGCAAAUGGAAGAACAGGUCUGCCAACUUUGCAGACCUGCUGCACAUUGGAUCGCCGUCAGCAGACUGUGACUAUGCCAUUUGCAAGACCGUCUACCCGCCAGAGCACGCAUUGCUUUUCGUGGACAAUCAUGAUCAGCAACGACAGCUGUGGAAGCCAGAGAAGGGCGGCCCUCCAAGUAGCCCGGUGUGUCGUUGGGACGGCAAGGAUACAGCAGAUUGCCGCCCCAUCUACAAACAUGGUUUGGAGUACAACCUCGCGCAGCUCUUCAUGCUGGCCUGGCCCUAUGGAGAUGCUGUGAGGCUGAUGUCUUCCUACGCAUGGGAGGACUUUGAUCAAGGGCCUCCUGGUGUACAGAACGACUCCUUGCAUGACCUCCCAAGCUCUCCCCUGGGGAGUUGUAGAGCAACCCCGAGCACAUCUCCAGUGACGGAGCUAUACGAUCAGGACACUGAGCACCCCUGGGUCUGCGAACAUCGCUGGCAGGGGGUUCCCGGCCUCAUCCGCUUUCGGAAGCUUCUGCUUGGCCCGGUUGCGGAGGUGAAUCAGACCUGGUCUGAUGCUCGUGGGCGUGUGGCUUUCAGCAUCUACAAAACGGCCUUUGUUGCGCUAAGCCGUGGCUUCAACUGGGUGACCCAAAGUGGACCAGACAAGCCAUGGCGGCUGCAGGGUAUUAACACCACCUUGCCCUCGGGUGCCUACUGUAAUCUUGCUUUGGCAACAAAACCUGUUCCAGAGCGCCUGUUGCUGAGUUGGAUUUGGCAACUGCUAUCUUUCAACAUGAUUGAUAGACUGACUUUCAGGUGA